CCGCCGCUCCUCGCCCGCCCCGCCCUGCCCUGCCCGCUCUGCCCGCUCUGCCCGCUCUGCCCUGCCCGCUCCUCCUCGCCUGCCGGCGCUUGUAUUUUACCACCGCUCGGCGGAGGCCUCUGGAAGGGUGGCUCCUCUCGGGAGAGGCCACGGUGGGGGGGACGUGUGGGCGCACUGGUCACUGCGGGGGUGGCGGCCGUGUCCGGCCCUCGGGGUGUGUGCGGGCAGGCCUCGGCAGGCCCGAGGUGCGCUGCUGGGCCUGCUGCUCGGCCCUGGCAGCCGACCUAGGCUGGGCAGCCUGCUCGCCAGCCAAGGAGUUCGCAGAAUUAAGCUUUGCGGCUCUGGCAUGUGUGUGCCAGCUGUAAUGGGGAGGCUGCUCCUGUCCCUGCCAAGUGCCAUGCCCGUGAGAUCAGAGAUCAGAGCGCGGUCUUGAAAACCGGCCUCAUUGAAGGCGCCCACAGCCGAAAGCGGCAGAGCAGGAGUGUGCCUGCACCGGUGUGGAUGUGCGCGCCUGGAAGACGGUACCAUGGCAGAGGCUUCGGGGAGUCCUCUGCCCGAACCCAUAGUGAGGAAGAAAAAAAGCAUAUCUAUUGAGGAAAAAAUUGACAUCAUAAGUGCUGUGGAGAGUGGCAAGAAAAAAGCAGACAUCGCAGCCAAAUAUGGCAUAAAGAAGAAUUCCUUGUCUUCAAUUAUGAAGAAUAAAGAAAAAGUUUUGGAAGCCUUUGAGUCUUUACGAUUUGAUCCUAAAAGAAAAAGACUAAGGACUGCUUUUCAUACCGACCUGGAGGAGGCAUUGAUGAAGUGGUACAGAAUUGCUCAGUGCUUGAAUGUGCCGGUAAACGGUCCUAUGUUGCGCCUCAAGGCUAAUGAUUUUGCCCAGAAGCUUGGACAUAGUGAUUUUAAAUGCAGUAAUGGCUGGCUUGAUCGUUUCAAGUCAAGGUAUGGUUUAGUUUUCAGAGCUCAGCCUGUAGAAACAGCUGCUACUACUACAGUGGAUGCUCCAACUCUUUGGUACCAAAAUGUUCUUCCUUAUUAUUUAAAUGAUUAUCAGCCAAAAAAUGUGUUUUAUAUACAGGAGACUGGAUUGCUGUAUCAGAUGUUACCGCAUAACACAUUUGCAUUUAAAGGGGAAACUUGUUCUGUAGGCGAACUAAGCAAAGAGAGAAUAACUGUAGUGGUGGGUACAAAUAUGGAUGGUUCCGAGAAACUUCCUUUGCUUGUUAUAGGUAAAAACAAAAGUCCACGCUCUUUCAAAGAUGUGAAGUCUCUACCUGUGGAUUAUGAAGCAAAUGUUAUGGCAUGGAUGACUUCAGAAGUGUUUGAACAGUGGAUGCAUAAACUUGAUGACAGAUUUCAAGCACAGCAGCGACAAGUAGUUAUUCUUGUUGAUUCUCUCCCAGCUCACACAGAAGUAAAGAACCUGAAGUCUGUCAAAUUAGUGUUCUAUCCUCCAGACUCUUCUUUGUGUAUAGCUAUGAAACAAGGAGUUAUCAGAAGUCUGAAGGUUAAAUACAGGAGCUGCCUUAUCAAGAGAUUUGUUGACUGCGUAGAAAGUAAUAAAGAGUAUGUGCUGACUCUUCUUGAUGCAGUUGAGAUGCUGCAUCUGUGCUGGAGGAAAGUAACACCAGAGACUAUUGUAAAAAGUUAUAAUGAAGCAGGAUUCAAAUUAGAAACGAAGGCAAAUGGUAAUGACACAGAGGUUGAAAGUGAUUUUGAUUUGAUUGCACAUGCACAGGCAGCUGGAGUGGAGUUUCCAGAAGGUUUAUCUUUAGAGGAAUAUGCAGCUUUAGAUGAUGGCUUGGAAACUUGCAAAAUACCCACAAAUAAUGAAAAGAUGCGUGCCAAAGAAAGCACAUCAGAUAAAGUCGGCACAUUUGUUGGUGAUGAAGAUGAGGAUGAAGGUGAUCAAUUUCUGGGAGCUGAACAGCCUUUACCAUCAAAAAAUGAGGCUUUGAGUGCUUUAGAUACCCUUCGAAAGUUUCUCAGAAGUCAAGACAUGAAUGAUUCUCUUCACGAUUCCCUAGCUGACUUGGAGAAUUUUAUUCAACAUGUAGCAUGUAAAUAAAUAUUUUAGCAAAGUGUGAAAGCAUGUAAUUGGAAAAAAGCAAUUAUAUAAGUAAACAAAAAUUGGCAGUUUAAUUGCGGCAGUGUUCUCUUGUGUCUUGCCUAGGUGCCUAGAUGUACAUAAUGAAAGGAAUUUGAAAUCAGGAAAAAGGGCUGUGAAUUGAAGGAGGAAGAAAACAGGAGGAAAGAACACAAAAUUUGGGGUGGGGAGUUGAACCUUUUAAAUGAUAACUCUAGUAAGUACAGUGGAGGCAAAAGCAAUUCUUUGAGCAGUUCGGUACAUUCAGUAUGAACUGGUGCCCACUUGGAAUUCUUUCUUUGGGCAGAGAUUAGCACUUCUUCACAUCGAUAAUUUCAUCCGUGCCUCUGCUACUGUUGACAGCGCAACAGUAAAUAUUUAUCAGCUUGGUGCUUUUGAUGCUUAAACAAAAAAUGACUAACACAGCAAAUACAUGCUUGAGUUCUGAGAACUAAAGGGAUUUUUAAAAUAAUUUUUUUUGUCCUUGUUCAAAAAUUCUGGCCACAGUUUAUUCUUGCAGCAGAUGAUGAACAGCAGAUAUUUAGCAGCUUUGGAUAUGUUUUGUUUUCUUAAAGCUACUCAUGUGUGGAUACACAUGAACAGCAUAAUCAUUUAUCCAAGAAUCAAAAGACAAACAGACCUUUACUUGGUCUUUGAAGAGGUCAAAAAGGAAGGUCAUUCUCUCCCUUUCAGCCUUUUUGGUAUUUGGAUGUGAUGUAGGUCCUUCUGUGCAACUCCAUGUCCAGUAAAUACAGAAAAAAAUCAGCUUAUGCAGUAUCUGCACUCAAAACCUUACUGAGGUCGUGUUUUAUUUACUAUACUUGAAGGCUUUACUGUAGGAGUCAGUGCACCAAUGCAGUUCAGUAUUGUAGGUGCCAUUAACAGGGGUGGUGUUUGCACGACUGCAGUGUGAAGUUGUGUAAAUCACAGUACAUUUAUACAUCUUCGAGUAUGGGGUUCAAGCAAGGUAAUCAUACCAGAGCCAAAAAUCUCAAUUUGUUUGAGACAUACUGCUUGUGACUUUUUUUCAAAACCUCUUUUGAAUAUUUUCCAUAUCUACCGACGCUAAUUUUUUCA